AUGACCAAGAUCUACCACGAACGUCAGAAGCUUUACCGCUGUGGCCUUCACGCGCUUAAUAAUGCGCUUCAAGAUUCAGUAUUUACGCAAAGAGAAUUCGAAGACGCGUGUGAAAAGCUAGCAGAAAUGACUGAUUUUGACGCUACGAACGCCCUGGCAUGGAUUUGGAAUCCUCAUCGAGCUCCUUUAGGUCUUGGAAAUUAUGAUGUUAAUGUGCUUGUAUUUGUAUUGCAGCAAAAAGGUUAUCGGACUGCGAUCUGCUACACUCAUACCGGUUUUAAUAUUGAAGUGAGUCGACUGCUGGUCGGAUAUCGAUGCACCUGGUUCACUGAUUUAUACGUUUACACGCGACUUUGCGUGUUCGCGUCGUCGUAG